AUGGCUGAUGAUCAAGGUGUAGCAGCAUUGCCAGACACCGUAGAAGUUCUAAGAGCAUUUAAUGGUUCAGUAGUUUAUCUUGUUGGUACAGCUCAUUUUAGUGAUGCAAGCCAAGAAGAUGUCGCUAAAGUAUAUAAAAAUACACCCAAAAACACAAUAGAUAUUAUUUUUAUAAUUUAUAUUAACUAGGUAAUAAAUGCAGUACAGCCAGAUUGUGUUGUAUUAGAAUUAUGUAAAGGCAGACAAACCAUGUUAACAAUUGAUGAAUCCACUAUUGCUAAUAUGCCAGCUAUUACAUUAAGUAGGUACUAAUAUUAUUCUAAUAACUCACUUAGAGUUUACUAAUUUUUAAAUUAAAUACCUAUAGGUUUUUGUCUACAUUUUUUUGUUAUGAUAAUUAUAUUACAGUAUUUUAAUAUUAAUUUAAGAUAUAUUUAAAUAAUCAAGUAUACACAGUAAAUAUAAGCAUAUUUAUAUUUAUCUACUUGUAAAUAACUUUUCUACAAGAAAUCUUGACCCAAUUAAAAAAUGACCUUUUUUGUUGUAUUUUAAAUCUAGUUGAUGCAUUGAGGAGAUAUUGUUUUGUUUAUUUCAUUAUUGGCAUAAUUCUAGUUAAGUAACCUAUAGAUUUUUUUUUCUUUCUUAAAAUGUAUGUUUUUAAGCGCACUAUUUCAAUUAAAAAAAAUAUUUUGUACUGGGAAUAGGCGUGCCACUGUUGUAGGUGGGAAGUUGGCUAACUGGGAAAAGUUAUUUUAUUUCUAUCUGUAUGAAACGAUAAACUACUGCUAAGGAAAAUAUAUUCUGAAGGAAAUCUGAUACAUGUUUUGCCAUGCUGUGUAAUGUUUAAGAUUUUUACCAAAAUUAGACUUAAAAUACAGAUAAAAAAAAUAAAAUAAAAAAAACUACUACAAUUAACAUUUAUUUUUUAUCAUUAACUACAACUAAUAAAAAAAUCUUAUAUUAAAUUUUCAAUCUUUUAUUUUAUUCAAAAAAAUUUUUGUUCAUAUAGUACCAAAUAAAAACUCGAAAAUGUCUAAUACUUAUAAAUAUCUCAAAAAUUAAAAUAAUGUUUUUACCAUAUCUAGAAAAGGCUAAUAUACUUAUAUCAGGCUUUUCUAUUCUGUGAAAAUAUCAGGUCUCUACACUUGCUUUUAACUAAAUGAAAACAAAAUAGAAAAUAAUAGAGCUAUUAAUGUCCUAAACUUUCCCAUUUUUCUAUGUUUUUAGCUUGUUUUAAGAAAAAUAUUAGAAAAUUACAAACUGACAUUUUUACUCACCAACUAGACAAAAUUGUAUUUUAGAAAUUAUUCCACUUUUAAAAUUUGGGAGUAAAAUUUCUGAUUGACAACAAAAAUCAUAACAAUUUAAAAUUAUGAAAUCUUAAUGCCACAUUAUCGUAAAUAUUUAACUGUUUUUCCAAUUAGUAUGAAAACUGCUUGAAAACUCAAAAAUUUACCUCUCUAGUAUACCAACUAGAUCCAAAAUACAAAAAAAGGCUUCAUGUCAUUUUUUAAUUGAAGCAAGAUUUCUGGUAGAAAAGUUGUUCACGGACAGAAAAAAAUCAACCUUACAUAAUUAUCAUUAUAAAACUAAACCACUCCUUAUUUCAUUUAGAAACUAUAAAGCGAUUAUUCGCUAGGAUACUUCCUUCCCACUUAAUUUGAUGAUCAACGUUGUUAUACAUAGCGAGUUCAUUGUCCCUCGCACUUGCACAUCUGUACAUUUUUUGAACAGUUUGCACUAAUCGAUACUGAAACACAUGGAUUAAUUGCAAUAGUAUGCAUUUUAUAAUCAUGUACUGAUGAUUAAAUUUAAAAACAGAAAUAUUAAAAAUUCCAGUUCUCGGUUAUAUUUAAAAUACAUAUGGGAUAAAUUCCAUAGAAACAUUUUGAAAAUAUUUUAUUCUAAGCUUUAAUUUUUUUUUUAGAUAUUUAGUGUACAUACGUCAACAAAUAUUUUGAAAUUCAAAAAUAUUGAUAGUUUGUUAAACUAGAAUUGUUUCAAAAAGAAAAGAUUUGAAUAUUUAAAAAAUACAUCUUUUCGUUUUUUUUAAAAAAAAAUGUAUUUGGAUUGUAUAAUUGUAGCCAACCUUACAUCCUUAUUAAUGUUUGAAUUAUUAUUUAUAAACCAGAGCCUACCAUAAUUUACCGAAGUAUUAUAGACCUAAUUGGUUAAUUAAAUUAUUUAUAAUAAUUAGUAUCCAAAUGUGCUAAAUAUAAAGUACAUUUAUUUAUAAGUAUGAUCAAUUAAAAUGUAUCCUUACUUCUACUAACUUAGUAAAUUGUAUCAUAUCCAACAAUAAUAUUAGUUUAACAAAUAGUUUUAACGUUAAUUAUUUUGUUUUAUACAUAUUAUUAGUUUUAAUAUUUAAAUCAAUACUAUAGUUAUAUUAAGAAUUCUAUUCCUAUUUAGUUAUAAUGGCAGUAAGAGAUCCUAAAUACUUAUUGCUAUUCAGCAUAAAGGCUCUUCACAUCUAAAAGUAGUAGAGUGGAUUCCGCCUAAUAUGGGCAUUGGUUAAUAUGGGCAAAAUAGUCUGGUCCCAAUAUAAAUGUAUAUUAACAAGAUUAAAAAAUAAAUUGCAUAAUAUGGACUCACUUCGAUUUACACGGGCAAUUUUUAUUUUAUCAUAGCACUAGAAUGUAUUUAAAAACGACUGAUAUAAUCGGGUUUCGUCGUAUCUACAAGAUUAUAUUUUAAAUUUAAAUUAUUAUAAUAAAAAGUAUUAAUAUUUAAAUCUUAAUGGGAUUUUGUUGAUUAAAUGUAUAGACUUGCGUGUGAGUUCAUGAAAGAAGGCAAUGGAAAUAGUCCGUCUGAUAAGCGUUUGAUAAGCCCACUUUUUGUUAACCAGACACACUAAACAACUUAGACAAUAACCAAUUACAACGUUUUGUGUACCUUCCACAUUCAAAUAGUAAUUUUAUUUAGUAUGUUAAAUUUAGUUUUACAGUGAUUUAACAUUUUUUUCAAUUUCAUAGUCCUUAUGUGUAAAAUAAAAACUUUUUUGAUAUUACAAAUUUGUGUUUUUGAAUUCAUUUCGGUUUUUAUGGGCAGCCGCUUAAUGUGGGCAAACAGGGCUGGUCUAAACGUGCCCACAUCAAACAGAAUCCACUGUACUUAUUUACAUGUAUUCAGUUGCUUUAUCUUCACUAUUAUUUAUUUCUAUUAUGUUUAGGUCUUCUUGUAUAUUAAAAUUAAUGUAUCUUUAUUUAGUCUAAAUUGGCUUCCACGCUCUUAGAUUGUUUACGACUAAUUUAGGUAUUUACAUUGAGUUAGUGUUCCUUUCAGCAUCAUUGAAUUAAUACUCUUAUUAGAGUAUUAAAUCUAUGUUCUAUAAUAACUCAACUUAAACUAAUUUACUAUUUGAUUUGUAUAGGUGGUCUAAAAGGAUAUAUAAAAAAAUUGGGCUUUGUCCAAGGUAUUUUUUAUCAGCUUAUGAUAAGUAUAUCAUCAAGUAUAUCUCGUGAUCUUGGUAUGUUACCUGGUGGAGAAUUUCGUAGAGCUGUCAUUGAAGUAUUGAUAAUUAAUCAUUUAAAUUUUUUUUUUUAUAUAUAUGUAUUAAUCUUUUUUUUAUUUUAUUUUUAAUUGCUGUAGGCUAAAAAAUAUGAUUGUAUCAUUUCUCUAGGAGAUAGACCAGUUGAUGUAACCAUAAAAAGAGUAAUAUCCAUGUUAAGCUGGGUAAAAUGUAUUAAACUUAUGAUAAACUUGUUGACUACUCCAGAUAUUAAAAUUACGUAAGUAGUAGCUAAUUUUUAUGAUAAUAAUAUAUAAUUUAUAUAGUAAUAAUUUAAAUAUUUGUUCACCAAUUAGAAAAGAAGAUGUGGAAAAAUUCAAGGACACAGAUUUACUGGCAGCUCUAAUGAUUGAAAUGGCUGCUGACUAUCCAGAAUUAAGGGAAGUAAUAGUUGAUGAAAGAGAUAAAUAUUUAACAUAUAACCUACAAAAGAGUGCUGGAUUUGUUAUUGAAUCAAAUGGUGAUUUAACUAAUUUAACUCCAAACUUUGGUAAAUAUUAAUAAUUGAUUUAUUUAUUAAGUAAUGUUUAUAAUUAACUAAGUAAUAAUGAAAUCGAUCAAUUAUUUUUUGAAAAUAAUUUUAAUUAGGUCCUCAAGUAGUUGUUGGAAUAGUUGGUUUAGGUCACAUAGCUGGUAUUAAGAAUUAUUGGCAAACAAUUUCUAAAAAUGACGUCCUCGAAAUAGCUAAGUAAGUUAUUAUUUGAUUUUAUUGAAUAUCCUUAAAAUAUAUAUAUUGGCUUUUUAAAUUUAAAAAAUUCACAUAAACUAAUAUAAAUUUAAGUGUAAAACUGUUAGAUUUCUUGGGCCAAGGAAGUAGUAUACAUUUCCAUUUCAAUAUUUUACCAGUUUAUUAAAUAUGUAAAGAACAUUAACUACACCGAUAAUAAAUUUACACAAAAUUUAAAAAAAAAUAAUUGAUAUUGGGGACGGGUGUGCCACUAUUAUGUAUGAGAAGUUAAGAAGGUAGGAUACAUAAAGGUAUUUAAUUUUUAUUUUUAAAUAAAGGUAAACCAUUUUUUAUGAAAAAUAAUUUGGUGCGUAGUUCAGUUAUAUAUGUUUUUAAAGGUACUUAAGUUUCUUUAAGUUUCUAAAGGUUCUCAAUAUUAACUAUUUUCAUCAAAAUUUGAUAUUAAAACUCUCGUAUACAAAAAUACAAAAAUACAACUCAAUUUUUUUCCCCUACAAAUUGAAUUUUCUAAUGAACCUUCUAUUAAAUUUUCAAUCAUUUCUGUUAAGUUUAAUAAAAAAAAUUACGUUAAAAAAUAAAAUAAAAAUGUCUUUUUAAAUAGCUUAAAAAUUGCUUGUAUGUUUUUAAAAUAUAAGUAUUUUGUCAAAAUAUUAAUUUCAUAUAUUUUCAAUUGAAAUACACACAAAAAAAAAAAUUAAAUAAUAAAAGUAUUAUUUUUGGUAGAAAACAUAAAGUGUACAAAUUGAAAAAAAAUGAAAUCAGUAAUAUUGUGGUACACCUUCAAUCACACCAAUCACAAUGACCUCCUCAUUGCAUCAACUAGAUAACAUUUCUUUUAAGAAAAGGUGCUACACAUGAUACAUCAGAGAAAGAGUUUUAGUUGAAAAAUUACUUACACACUAAAAUACAAAAUAAAACCACACAUAGAAAUAUUAAUAAAAUCUUUGCCACACCUUGAACUUAAAUGAUUCAUUCACAGGUAUAUGUUUAUUAGAUUUACUACCAUAAUUGUAUGUUGUUUUUUUUUAGAAUUCCACCUCAAUCAAGAAGUAGCAAAAUUAUUAAAAUUGUCAUUAAGGUUUCUUCCUGUUGCUUACUAAUAUGGGGUGUUUCAAAAAUCCCUGGUGUAAAACCAUUAUCAAAAAUGGCAUAUAAUGCAGUUACUACUGGACAUGUUCAAGGACAAUUUACAAGAAUAUUGUAA